AUGCGAGGUGGGGAACGAACGAGGGUAAGAUAUAGAGUCCGACUUAACAGAGAUGGUCUUGCUUUUGAUCGUGGACCGUCGAAUAUACCCGAGGGAUUUGUUGGCUUGGGCGCACUGGUGGAGGACUUGUUUGGACCAUGUGAGGGUGGAGGAGGUCCAGACGCCAAGGUCACGUUUGCAAUCUGUGGUUUUCGCAGCGGAAUCUUGCAACUUGUAAGAAUGGUCGAUUUUGUUGCGCUUUCUAGUAAUUCGAAGUGUUUUACAUUUAUCUGUGUUGAGGAGAAGAUUAGCAUUGGCAGAGGUUUGGAAAUUCGCAAGAUAAUUCUCCAUAGCGGUUGCAUCAGCCUCCACGUUUAUGACCUUGCAAAUCUUUGUGUCGUCAGCAAACGUCGCGAUCUUUGA